AGUCGAGGAGCACACCUAAAGCAAGCGACGUGUAUUAACCAUAUCUAUAUCAAUCGCACGAGGAACCAAUUCUUAUCAUCCUGGAUUACGAAAGAAAAGCAUAGAGCAAGCAUAUUUCCCGAGAUCUUAACCGUCGACCCCCAUAGGCAACUCCCGGACAGAAAGAUUCCAGGUAAACGUUACUGGUUAGCGGGUCACGCAUGGCACCUGUAUCAGUCUUUGCUCAAUGCCGGCACCUGACACACCUGUUGUGCGUGGCUGGCUGUGUCUGAUACCGCAUGGACUGGGCUUUUUUGUGUUGAUAUUUAGUUCAUGUUGUGCUAAGGAUUCGUUGCGUAGGAUAUAGCGAGAUGCGAAAUAUGGACUUGUGUCUUUGAAUCGUGGUUAAGGCCUUUUAUUUUAAAUAAAUUCAUUGACUGUAGUAUUCACAAUUCAUCAUGAACAUCUUAAGAGUAUUUUCUUUGUUCUUCGCCCUGCCUUUGGUUAUCGUCUUGUUCGUAAGUAAGACAGAAGGAAGCGAGGAAGGAGACGAAGAGAAAGGUAGAGGAGGAAGGGAAGAAGGAUUAAGCCAGUUUCGCAGAGGCAGGAUUCUAAACUCAGGGGCUCAGACAGUGAAGGCGGAUUUGAGGGUCGAGUUUCAAAUGGUUGACCUUCCAACCAGCCUGGGCAUCAUUACGGGCGCGCAGGAGUUCACGGAGCAGCCGACGUCUCCGCCCACCACAGGAAGACCUUACUUUGCCUUCAGGGGAAUACCCUUCGCGGAGGCGCCGACGGGGAGGCUGCGGUGGGAGGACCCUGAGGAAGUGGAGGAGGCGCCUUGGCCAGGGGGUCGCCUGGACGCCACCCAGCACCGCCCCUUCUGCCCCCAGUACGACCACGAUGCGAACCAAGUCGUCGGCGAUGAAGACUGCCUGUUCCUCAAUGUGUACACUCCUUUCUUACCGGGUCAUACACGGGAGCGGUUACCAGUAUUAGUGUUUCUGCAUGACGGCUGGUACUUGAAAGGAGCUGCGUCCUCUCUCGGUCCCCAGAAGCUCCUGAGGGAGGAUGUUGUCCUUGUCACGACCAACUUUCGCCUGGGCGCUCUUGGAUUCCUAAGCACCGGGGACACGACUCUGGCGGGGAACUACGGCGCCCUGGACCAGGUGGCAGCCCUGCGGUGGGUGCAGAGGAACAUCGCUCAGUUCGGCGGCGACCCCAACAGGGUGACGCUCGGGGGCUUCGGGUCGGGAGCCUCCUUCGUCCACCUCCACAUGCUGUCGCCGCUCUCCAAGGGACUCUUCUCGGGCGCCAUCAUGAUGAGCGGCGCCGGGAACUGCCCUUGGUCGACCUCGCAGGAGCCCUGGGAAGUGACCUACGACCUGGCACGGAACCUGGGCUGCUCCACGUGGCCCUCGUCCAGCCUCAGGGAUUGUUUGGAGGAAAAGUCGCCUCGUGACAUCCUCAAGGCGCAGGCUGACAUGCAUCGGUACGUGUUCUGGCCGAUGCUGUUCAGACCCUCUGUGGACGGGCGUCUGAGGGAGGACCCAUUCCUGCCAGAGUCCGUCGAGAGCCUCAUGACGCAGCCUCCAGCCUCCCCCGUUCCUCUCCUCAUUGGGGGAGUUCCUGACGAAGGCAUCCUCCUUGCCCUUACCGUCACCAUCUUCGCGGACGGCGCUGGAAGUCCGAGCCAGACUUACGACGAGGCGGUUCACUAUGUCUUCGAGAGCCUGUGGUCGAACUCUACUGAGGACGACGUCGCCACCGUUGCUUCAGCUGCCGAGGCGUUCUACUACUCGGAGCAGGCUAAGGACGACCUCAGUACGCUGGCUGAAGAGAUGAGUGAGGCCAUGACAGACCUCUGCUUCACCUCGUGUGUGUGGGACGCCGCCUCCUACUUCUCUGCUUCCUCCAGAUCACCUGUUUACACGUACCUCAUGACACACCACCUCCCCGGUUCCCCUUCCUACAGCACGCCCUUGUACCGCUUAGCAGAAAGCGUGGGCGUGAGGAGUCCCUACAUCUUCUCGGGCGCCUCUCACGGCGAUGACCUCGCUCUCAUCUUCUUCCUGCCUUACGAGCUGGGUCAGGCCGGGGCGCAGGACCAGCAGAUCUCCUCGCUGCUCACCUUCACGUGGGCCACUUUCAUCCACACUGGGUCUCCCCAGUCUGCCGACGCCUCGACGACCUCGCUGCCAGUGUGGACGCCCCUUGUAGCCGGGGAACCUGUCACCCACUACAUUCUCUCCUUUACCCCCGGAAUGUCCGCCAGGCCCUACAGAAGCAAGGAAAGGAACUUCUGGCGCCAGACUCUGAGCUACGUGAACGAGGCGGCGGAAUCCUACUACCCGUGGCUGAUCACCACGUGGGUCCUUCUGGCGCUCCUGCUGCUUCUCCUGGUGGUCGCGGCGGGCAUCUGCGUGGGCGUUUGGCGUGUGCGGAGGCGAGAUAAAUACCCACCAAAGGGCUCUUCCUCCCUGACCCUCCGCGCGCGCCGCCCCCGGAACCCGUCGCUGCAGUCUAGCGGUUCGGGAGGCGUGGCGAACGCGGGCGUGUCGUCAGACCCGCACGCGUGAAGGGGCGUGGCGUGACGGGCGCUCGUUCUUAGGCGUCAUACUGUCAGCUUUGUCAGCUCUUCCUGAAUUAUGUUGAACGUUGCUCUAUCUAUGAUAGAUAGAUAG